AUGGCCGCGGCCGAUCCUACCCGAGAUGUGGCCGCGUCCGACCAUAAGGUUUUAGACAUGGCCGAUGGUCCUGGUGUACCAAGAACUGAUGCUUGGGACGCCAAGCUUCAUGGAAUGGAUGUGUCAUUCAGUGGGAUAUUGAGUUAUAUCGAAACUACUGCAGAGGAGAAGCUCAAGAACAACGAGUGCACACCUGCAGAUGUGUGCUACUCCCUUCAAACGUUAUUUGCGAUGUUGGUUGAGAUCACGGAACGAGCGAUGGCUCAUUACGACAAGAAAGACGUUUUGAUAGUUGGUGGUGUCGGGUGUAACGAGCGUUUGCAGGACAUGAUGAGGACUAUGUGUUCUGAACGUGACGGUAGGCUUUUUGCUACGGAUGAUCGUUACUGCAUUGAUAACGGAGCGAUGAUUGCGUACACGGGUCUUCUUGAGUUUGUUAACGGUAUUGAAACGCCGUUAGAAGACUCUACCUUUACGCAGCGGUUUCGCACGGACGAGGUUCAUGCGGUGUGGCGAGAGAAGGAAGAUAUGGUACGUGGAGAUAAGAACGUUGCUGCUGCUAAGCGAUUGUGUGUACUCAAUUUUUAUCGAUUAUGA